AUGCGCACUUCACGGGUUUCAAAGGAGACAGCAAAAGUGCUGCAAGCGCUCUCAUCGCCGUCCCGCCGCCAGACCCGUGCUUCCUUGAAAUCAAGUGCACUCAAGAGUUUCUCGUUAGACGCGGACCAGCCUGCCAAUGUGAGCCUUAAAACAGAGCUUCCGGAAGUCAGCGAAGAUGAUACCUCUUCGCUCUCGUCCGUGAACACCGUUGACAUUGAAGAUAUCCUGGAACCUCCGUCGAAGCGCCGCAAGCGCAACAUCAGCACAACUACGACACCGAGCACAAGCCGAUCAUCGUCAAGAUUGUCUCGCAAGGUGAGCGAGAAGCACGUACAACCGAAAACCGAGGAUGAAACUACUGUACGGAAGACACGCAAAACUCCUGCUCGCAGAAUCCAAGGAGCAGGGGCUUCCAAAACCGGGCCACCUCCGAAUUGGGAGAUCAUGUACAAUGCAGUGAAGAAGAUGAGAGAGGAAAACCCAACUGCUCCUGUUGAUUCCGUGGGCUGCGCCGAGCUCUACUGGCGAGGAUCGUCUCCAAGAGACCGGCGGUUUCAGACGCUGAUUGCGUUGAUGUUAUCCUCGCAGACCAAGGAUACCACCACGGCUGUGGCGAUGCAGCGGUUGCACACGGAACUAGGAGAUGGUGGAGCUGUUCAUGUAGAGCCCACUGAUAUCAAGAAGGAGGAAGAUGUGAAGCCAUUUACUGACAGCACUUUGAAUCUCGAAAACAUUCUGGCUGUUUCUCCAGAGCGCCUUAACGAACUCAUCCGCGUUGUCGGUUUCCAUAAUAAUAAGACCAAGUAUAUCAAGGCGGCGGCUCUCAUCCUCCGUGAUCAAUACAACUCCGAUAUCCCUCCUACUGCAGAGGAGCUGAUGAAACUCCCUGGGGUGGGUCCGAAGAUGGCGUAUCUCUGCAUGAGCGCUGCUUGGGGAAAGGAUGAAGGUAUUGGAGUUGAUGUCCAUGUCCACCGAAUCACCAACCUCUGGGGCUGGAAUAAGACAAAAACGCCUGAAGAAACCAGGAAAGCGCUGCAGUCCUGGCUGCCAAGGAACAAGUGGCAUGAGAUCAACAAACUCCUUGUUGGUCUAGGGCAGACGGUCUGUUUACCUGUGGGCAGAAGAUGCGGGGAUUGCUGCCUUUCUGGAAUGGGACUGUGCAAAAGUGAAAUCAAGGGACUUGCCCUGAAAAGGGCCAAGGAGACUGCCCUACCAGACAAGUCAGAGGUGAAGAUAGAGGAGGAUAUGGCAUGA